AUGUCUGACAUAGCAGUGGCGUCGGACCACAGCAACGUCAUGGGCCGUUCUUCGUACGAGACUGACGUGAAUCUAAGUGAUAUAGACCAACAGGCCAUCAAAUGUUUUGAGCAGGCCAUAGAAAAAGAGAGUCAUGGGAAGAUGUCUGAUGCCAUAGAGUUCUACAGAAAGGCAUUCAAGUAUAAUGAAAAAGUUGAUUUGUUGUACCGAAAGACCGAACUUCCCAGUAAAAUAGAGCAGAUGCGGCAAGACUAUGGGGUCAAUUCCACUAUUCGAGUCGAUGAGGAGGUGGUCAAUGCUAUUGAUGUGGAAAAGUUGUUGAAGUCGUUUGAGCAUGAAGAAGCUCGACCCCCCGAUCCGAAUGAUCCUAAUAAUGAUAGUAUCACCAUCAAGUUCGCCAAUUUGGGGAUCGACAACCACCCAAACAUUGAGGUCAAGCCUGUUUCGCCUUUGGUACAUCUUCCCAAUGAUAUCUGGAUAUGCAUCAUGGAGUUGUUGCUUAUCACGGAGCCUGAAGCAUGGAUAAACCUCUCCAUCUCCUGCAAAAAAUUUGCAUUUUUGGGCCUUAGUUCCAACGAUAUAUGGCGAAAGCUCUGCUACUUGGUGUACCCGUAUCAAAAUUAUGAAGAGAACCAGACGUUUCUCCAAUCGAACCAAACUCCUGGCGCCCUCAUAGAUAGUUCAAGCUUGCCCAUACCCGAAGAUCAACUUUUAAUUCUACCAGCGUACGGUCACUCCUGGAAGAGAAUGAUGGACGAAAGACCAUUCUUGAAGUUCAAGGGAUGCUACAUUAGUGUCAUAAAUUACUACAGUGAAGGUGGUAAGGCCGAGUUUUCCAAUAGUUGGUCCAACCCGGUUAAAACCAUCACCUACUAUCGGUAUCUUCGGUUCUAUCCCGAUGGAACAUGUGUCAAGGUGUUGAGCGUCUUGGAGCCUUUCCGUGUGGUCCCCCAACUUCUGAAAUACAAUCUACUGAGAAACAUCACCAGUGCUUUGGACCAAGUCAAAGUCGCAGGCCACCAGAGUUCGGUGAAAGAGGCCCAUAGAAUAUACCAUGGUAAGUGGACCAUCUCCACCACCGGGGAAGUGCACAUCAAUAUAGACCCAGGGUCUGUGCCGUAUUACACGUUCCACUACCAUUUUCAAGUGAAAUCUUUGAGUAGAGCCUUCAGGUACAAUAAGUUGAAUUGGAUCAAGUACUAUACGGUGAGAAAGCAGAUGAGUGAAGAUGACGACCGAGUGGGAGAAGUGUCGUAUUUAACGAUCAAGAAUGAGAAGCCAUUCAAAUUCCUGCGAGUUAAGAGUUACGACGUUGAUACGUGGUAG